AUGUCCCGACACGAAAAUUUAAUAAGAAUAAGUCAAGUCAAUUUAUAAGAUCAAGGAAAUAUAAAAGAAGCAACAUAAAUAGUUUCUAAAUUUUUAAAAUAAUCAAAUCUUCCAGAAUUUUUUUACGAGCAUAUAGCCGGUAUAAUAAUUGAAGAAUGUCCUACAACAUCUUAAGAUUUAUAUGAAUUUAUUGGUGAUUUUAUCCAUAAUGGCAAUUAUGUAAAUAAAUAAUAAGCAUUAAAAAUAUGUAAUGAAUUACAUGAAAUAUUGCUGUAAAGCCAAAUAAUAAAAAAAGAGAAUAAAUUUAAUUUAACAGCCGAAAAAUUAGAUGCUCCAGUAACCCUAAAUUAGGUAGAACUUAUAAAAGAAGUCGAUUUACAUAAUCAUGGUUAUGAUGAUGCUUUUAGAGGAACUAAAGGAGGUGCUAAUACAAAUGAAGAAUUAACGCACGAAGAACUCAAAAUGAAAUUAUUAAAAAGAGAAGAAGAAGCUUUAAAAAAGAAAAAAUAAUUAUUCGAAAGGUAUCAAAAGGAUAUGAAUGAAACCGAAAAAAAACUGCCUCCAGUUUAAGUUAGACAUCAUAGAAAUUCAGAAGCAAAAACAUUAGACUUAUAAUUAGAUAACGUUAAUGUCAUUAUAGGAGGAAGAGCACUAUUAGAAGAUGCCAAAUUAAGAUUAACUUAUGGAAGAAAAUAUGGACUUAUUGGUCGAAACGGUAUUGGAAAAACCUGUUUCAUGAACGCCCUUGCCAGAAGUGAAUUCGAUGGAAUGCCCAAACAUUUAUAAAUUCUAUUAGUUGAGUAAGAGACGAAAGCUUCUUAUAAAUCUCCUUUACAACACGUAAAAAAAAUUAAAAAAAAAUUAAAAUAAAAAAUAUAGGUACUCGAAACUGAUAUUGAAAGAGAAUCUCUUUUAAAUGAAGAACAAUAAUUACUAAAAGAAAAAGACAACCUAAAAAGUGCUUCUCGUCUUUCUCAAAUAUAUGAAAGACUCGAAUAAAUAGAUGCUCAUAUGGCGGAAUCUAAAGCAGCUGCGAUACUCGGUGGGCUUGGCUUUUCACAACAAAUGAUGAGAAAUGCAACAUCUUAAUUAUCUGGAGGUUGGAGAAUGCGUGUAUCUUUAGCACGUGCUUUAUUUGUUUAACCUGAUGUAUUAUUAUUGGAUGAACCUACUAACCAUCUUGAUUUAGAUGCUGUUAUGUGGUUAGAAGAUUAUAUAAUAAACUGUAAUAUGACCAUAGUUGUAGUAUCUCAUGCUAGGGAGUUCUUAAAUGUAACUUGUACUGACAUUAUCCACUUUUUCGAGUAAAAGUUAAUCUAUUAUAAAGGAAAUUAUGACCAAUUUGAAAAAACUCGUUAUGAAAAAAACUCUUUAUAAAGGAAAAAAUUCGAGGCUAAUUAAGCCAAAGUAGCCCAUAUGCAAGAAUUUAUUGAUAAAUUUAGAUAUAACGCAAAAAGAGCAUCUUUGGUGUAAUCUAGAAUAAAAGCAAUUGGAAAAAUGGAAAAUAUAGAAGAUGUUAUAGAAGACCCUUCAUGUGUAUUUAUAUUCCCUACUCCUGAAAAACUUCGUCCUCCACUUUUAAGGAUUGAAGACGGGGCUUUCGGGUAUUCUAAAGAUUAAGUAAUACUUAAAGGGAUUAAUUUUGCAGUUGAUUGUGAUUCUAGAGUGGCUAUUGUAGGCGCUAACGGUGCAGGAAAAUCUACUCUUUUGAAAUUAUUGGUCGGGUCUUUGUAACUUACUGAAGGUAAUUAAUAUAGGAGUGGAAAACUUAGAUGUAGUAUGUUUACUUAACAUCAUUUGGACUAAUUAGAUUUAACACUUUCCCCUUUGGAGUAGAUUUCAAGAGAUUAUGUAGGUUCUACCUAGGAAGCUUAUAGAUAACAUUUAGGUUCUUUUGGUAUCACAGGAAAUAUGGCACUUAGACCCAAUUAUUUACUUUCUGGAGGACAAAAAUCGAGGGUUGCUUUUGCAUUGGCUGUAUAUUAAAAUCCUCAUAUUUUAAUUUUGGAUGAACCGACAAAUCAUUUAGAUAUUGAUGCAGUUAAUGCCCUUAUUAUUGCCUUAAAUAAUUAUUAAGGAGGUGUACUUAUAGUUUCGCAUGACUAACAUUUAAUUUCUACAGUUUGCGAUUAAAUAUGGUAUGUUAAAAGUGGAAGAAUUAAAAAGUUUAAUGGAGAUUUUUCAGAUUAUAGAACUGCUUUAGUGGCUAAUACUUUAUGAUUU